CUGUCAGAAGCGAGUCAGCGAAGCAGGGAAAGGAAGGGGGCGUUAACCACUGCAUUAAUUUACAGUCGGUCUCUCAAAUACCGACACCUAUUUAAUUUCAAAACCUACAUACCAACAAAAAAUAAUACUUUUCGUAUAUAAUCUUGUGAAGGGUAGAAGAGGGAGCCAUGGCGAAGCGGCAGGACACCAAGAAAUUCUUUGAGAAUCUUUCCGGUGCUGGAAAAUCCAUCGGCGUUCUGACAAGCGGAGGAGAUGCUCAAGGUAUGAAUGCUGCUGUACGGGCUGUGGUCCGCAUGGGUAUUUAUGUGGGAGCUAAAGUCUACUUCGUCCAUGAGGGUUACCAGGGUAUGGUAGAUGGUGGGGAUAACAUUGAAGAGGCAUCAUGGGAAAGUGUCUCCAGCAUGCUGCAAGUGGGUGGCACAGUCAUUGGCAGUGCCCGCUGCAAGGAGUUCCGCAGCCACGAGGGGCGUCUGAAGGCUGCCCACCACCUGGUGCAGCGUGACAUCACCAACCUGUGUGUGAUCGGAGGGGACGGCAGCCUCACUGGGGCCAACCUCUUCAGAGAGGAGUGGAGCGGACUACUGGAGGAACUGGUCCAGCAGGGUCUGAUUGAUGAGAAGGCUGCCCAGAACAAUUCAGAGCUGCACAUCGUGGGAAUGGUGGGCUCCAUCGACAACGACUUCUGUGGCACUGACAUGACAAUCGGGACAGACUCUGCCCUGCACAGAAUCAUAGAGGUGGUGGACGCAAUCAUGACUACAGCCCAGAGCCACCAGAGGACGUUUGUGCUGGAGGUCAUGGGAAGACAUUGUGGGUACCUGGCCCUAGUAAGUGCUCUGGCCUGCGGGGCUGACUGGGUGCUGAUCCCUGAGAUGCCCCCUGAGGACGGGUGGGAGGAACAGAUGUGUCAGAAACUGUCUGAGAGCCGAUCCAGGGGUUCAAGGCUGAAUAUAAUCAUAGUUGCUGAAGGAGCCAUUGACAGACAAGGAAAGGCUAUUACUGUUAAUAAUGUCAAGGAUUUGGUUGUUAGCUGUCUGGGCUUUGACACCCGAGUCACCAUCCUGGGUCACGUCCAGAGAGGAGGAACCCCCUCUGCCUUUGACCGGAUCCUGGCCAGUCGUAUGGGAGUGGAGGCGGUCCUGGCCCUGUUGGAGGCGUCAGCCAGCACACCGGCCUGCGUAGUGUCUCUGUGUGGGAACCAGGCUGUCCGUCUGCCCCUCAUGGAGUGUGUUCAGAUGACACAAGAUGUCCAGAAAGCCAUGGACGAGAAGAAUUUUGAGGAAGCUGUGAGACUGCGUGGCAGGAGUUUCGAAAACAACCUGAACACCUACAAACUCCUGUCUUACCGGAAAGCAGACUCUGAACUCCCAAAUGAAGAGGAUGAGCUCCCAAAUAAUAGCUCCUUCAACGUGGCGGUGCUGAACGUGGGUGCCCCUGCUGCGGGCAUGAACGCAGCUGUCCGCUCGGCCGUCAGGGUGGGCAUCACCGAGGGGCACAAGAUGUUCGCCGUUAACGACGGCUUCGAGGGAUUCUACAAGGGACAGAUAAAGGAGAUUAAAUGGGGAGAUGUAGGUGGUUGGACUGGACAAGGGGGGUCCAUACUGGGAACAAAGAGAACCCUUCCAGCGAAGCAUCUUGAUAAGAUAGCUGAACAAAUCAGGAUACAUAACAUCAAUGCUUUGCUUGUUAUCGGUGGAUUUGAGGCCUUCCUGGGAGUCAUGGAACUGUCCGCUGCCCGGGAGAAAUAUAAUGAGUUCUGUGUCCCCAUGGUUAUGGUCCCUGCCACGGUCUCCAACAAUAUACCGGGCUCUGACCUCAGCAUUGGCGCAGACACAGCUUUGAAUGCUAUUACUGAUGCGUUUGAGUGUCUGCUGCAGCUCUAUGAGGCCCGGACCAGCCACGAGGACUUUUGCAUCCCGAUGUGUGUGCUGCCUGCCACCAUUAGUAACAAUGUGCCUGGUACUGAUCUGAGUAUCGGGGCAGACACUUCCCUCAAUGCCAUCGUGGAGACAUGUGACCGCAUCAAGCAGUCUGCCAGUGGGACCAAGCGGCGUGUGUUCAUCAUUGAGACCAUGGGGGGGUACUGUGGGUACCUGGCCAGUGUCGGGGGGCUGGCUGCGGGGGCUGACGCUGUCUACAUCUAUGAGGAACCUUUCGACAUCAGAGACCUCCAGUCCAACGUCGAGCAUUUGACAGAGAAGAUGAAGACGGGCAUCCAGAGGGGCUUGGUGCUGAGGAAUGAGAACUCCAAUGAGAACUUCACCACAGAUUUCAUCUACCAGCUGUACUCUGAGGAGGGGAAAGGAGUGUUCGACUGCAGGAAGAAUGUCCUUGGACAUAUGCAGCAGGGAGGUGCUCCUUCCCCAUUCGACAGGAACUUUGGAACGAAGAUUGCAGCCAAAGCGAUUCAAUGGAUUUCAAGAAAGCUCAAGGAGUCAUAUAAAGAAGGGAAGGUGUUUGCUAACACAGAGGACACUGCCUGUUUGCUGGGGAUGCGUCGCAGAGCCAUGGUCUUCCAACCAGUGGUGCAGCUCAAAGACCAAACAGACUUUGUCCACAGGAUCCCUAAGGAACAGUGGUGGUUGAAGCUCCGCCCCCUGAUGAAGAUCCUGGCUAAAUACAAGACCAGCUACGACGUGUCCGACUCUGGCCAGCUGGAGCAUGUGACCCGGGUCAGGCCCAAGAAGGUGGACUGAACUGACCAGCACCUAGUCUGGGUAGGCUAGACCAGCACAUAGUCUGGAUAGGCUAGUCUUUAGAUUGGAUCAGCUCAGAGCAGACCGGCCCUUUCAGUGUAACUUAGCUCCAAUCAUGGUAACUCUUACCAACACUUUCACUCCGUCCCAUACUCAUGUCCCCUCAGAAGCUACUUAGGGCUCAAAUGCCCACCCUUCUUCUGAAGUAUGCACUUGUACACUUUCUCAUAUGGAUUUUACACUGGUAGAAACUGCUUCCAGCCAAUGCUUACACCAAUCCUAUGCUUUUAAAUUCAUGAUGGGCUUUGUGCAAGUGCACACUUUUGGAAAAGGGUGGAGAACCAGGAUGUAGCCCUAGUCUACUCCCAUAGGUGCUUCUUCCCUCUCCGUCUUCUUCUGAAGGGAGAGCUGUUUAUCCCGCCACCUACUGUAGGUCUACUCCAUUGUUACGUUGUGUUGUCACUCCGUACUUGCACUUUGUAUCAAUCCUGGGUUGGCAUCUAAGAGUAGGUCAUGUUAGUUCCGCUGCUGUAUUUUGUGGCUUAGUUGAGGAUCUGUUUGUGAAACCCAUUUGAAUGUUAACUCACUGUGUGAUCCGAGUGUUUUCUCCAAGUAUUAAAGAAUAUUUAUUGUGAUGACAA